AUGCACGCUGCAGCCGCCCGCGCCACCAUGCAGCACCGGCACAGGCGUGUCGGCGAGCUCGAAGAGCGCGCCUUAAUAAACCUACCCUUCCCGAUUCCCUCCAUUCCCAUCCUCGACCCCAUAUUAAAACCGCUCGCACCGAUCCUCACGCCCCUCAUCGAUGGCACUCACCCGACGACGAGCACGACGUCUACGCAGCACACGACAAGCACGACCGCGACGCAGGUCGCCUCCCCCACCACCAGCCCCACAACACAAGCCUCCAGUCCCACGAGCACCUCUGCAAGCAGCGGUGGCAGCAACUCCUCAGGUAACAGCGGGAGUAACUCCUCAGGCAGCAGUGGAAGCGAUACCUCGGGAAAUAGCGGAAGCAGUCAGAGCAGCGGCAGCAACGACGGAAGCGGCACCAGCAACGACAGCGGCAGCUCAAAUGGCAACAGCGGGGGCGGCUCUAGCGGCAACUCCGGCUCAGCCAGCUCUGGCACCGCCGUCGCCGGCGGAGCGUCGAACGCCUCAGGAGCAGCCUCGGGUGCGGCGGCAGGUGCAUCCGGUACUGCACUUUCCAUCCCUGGCGCGCUCGUGGCGAACCCUUCUUCUGCUGCACAAGGCUCGGACGCCGCGACCGGCUCUAGCGGGUCUGCCGCGACCACUGGGCCCAUCGUGAACGCCAACGGCGCGUUCGUCUCUGGCACGACCAUCAUCGGGGGCACGACCUACAUCGGUACCAAUACGGCUACCGCGACGGGCUCUGAUAGAGCAGGUGCGACAGCGGGCGCAAAGGCCGGAUCGCCCACCGGGUCAGAUUCAGGCUCUACCUCAAGCACCACCCAGUCUGAUCCGUCAAACCCGUCUGCCACGGGGGACGCAGCUGUCCAUCAUGGAUUGUCUACAGGCAUCAUUGUUGCCAUCUGUGUCAUUGUCGGUGUCCUCUUCCUCCUCUUCCUCGCUUUCUGCUGCAGACGGCGCGCCGUUGCGAAGCGUCUCCGCCGCCGCAAGACGUGGUUCAACGCUGGCGCGUAUGGCGGCGCGGCUGCCACCGAGGAGUACAAGGACGGCGCAACAAGGUCCGCGCGGAGCAGCUUCGCGACGCACUUCGACCGUGGGGAUGUGAUCACGCCUGCCCCGCAGAUCGACCUCUCGGUGCCCACGGACGAGAUGUCGCAGGUGUGGCCGAGCAACAUGAGCGGGUCCAUCAUGGUUCCCGCCGCCUCCCGCACGACCGAGUCACACCCCAGCCCGACCAUCAGAGCAGCCCCGGACCGCACGAGCCUGAACUCGCUCUCGUCGGCGGGCAGCCGUCCGCCCUCACAAACGUCGCAGUACCUCGCCGCGCCAGAUGCGGCCGCGACGCAGGGAUCGCCGUUCGGCGUCGACUUCCCGUCCCCGUUCUCCGUCCGCCCCUUCUCGCCCUCCGAGACGUUCUCCUUCCCUCGCCCGCCACAGGACGACGCCCGCAGUCGCGCCUCCGGCAUGAUGACCGGCUCGGUCGUCAGCGGCUCGAUCUCCAGCGCCGCCUUCUUCACCGCCGAGGACGCGCCUGAGCCCGAGCCUGCCGAGAACCCCUUCCUCGACUUCACCGAGGUGCGCCCGGCGUCUGCCGAGCACUCGUUCUCGGCGGAGAGCGUCGCGUCCUCGGUGCACUUCGCAGCGACGGAGACGAUACGUCGGCCGUUCGUGCCAACGAUGGACGACGAGAUGGCGGUCGUGCCCGGGCAGGAUGUGCGCAUCCUCGCGCGCUUCGACGACGGCUGGGCACACGCGGAGCUGCUCGAGAACGGCACGCGCGGGCUCAUCCCGAUUGACACGCUCCGACCAGUCGAGGAGGCACUACCCGCGUUCCUUGCGAAGAAGCGGCUCAGCAGCUAUGGCGCGCGGCGCGCGAGUGCGUUCAGCGGGGCGUCCGUCGGAAAGGCGAUGUAGACAUGCGGAGUGCCCAUGCGCCCGCUCACGCUUACGCCCCCGUAUGACCUCUCCCCAUCAUCACUGCCGACUGUCGAGCGUGUUGUUUGAUUCGCCGCACUGGACUGUCCCAUACAUGCUGUGCCGCGUGCCUUGCACAUCUGUGUUUAUCCGUCUGGUUGUACGUCUGUUGUCCUCCUGGGUGUUUGUGUGUUUGUUUGUUACACUACGCUAUCCCUUCGUCUCCCUGGCCGUCGCGGAUCCCCGACAUCCCCCUCCCCUUCCCCCUUGUAUGGCCUCGCCGGCCGAUAGGCAUCAUCUAUCCCCUCACACCCACCCACCACCGCGGCCUCGACUGUGGACCUAACCCGACUGCAGCACCACAGCGCUCUGUCUAUACUUGCUCCUUCAUACCCUUAAACCGUUCACACUACUGUACAUGUUUUGCGUGCCUUUGCUCUUCCUGCUUUCUGUUUUCGCCGGCGCCCUCCCCGCUGCUGCGGACCGCACAGGGCGCACCACUGUCCAUACUCAUUCCCCUUCCUACUACUUCCUUGCUGUUCUACCCCUUCCAGCCACUUCCGUCUUCGCCGCUGCGUCGCCGCCCGCGUGCGCACCACCCGCACGCGAUGGCUCGUGCAACCCAUUACCGACCAUCUUCCGCUUUCGUUCCGGUUCGCAUAGAAAAGGCUCCUGGGAACUGGGUCCGCGACGUCGGACAAUACGAGACGGGCUGUAUAUACCCCUGCGUUUAUUUCGCUCGCGUGGCUGCAGUGGCCGCGGUCUUCCUGGGCCCUGGAUGUCUGUCGAUACGUACGCGUGGCGCCACCGUUGCCGUCGUGGUGGUGGCGUAUUACUGUCCGUAUCCGUCCGUAUAUACCGUACAUAUGUACC